CUAACCUCUGCGGCUAUCCUGCCAUUCACUUCUCUGUCUUUCCAGCGCCCGCUCCACACCAGGCACUUGCACUUCCGCAACGGACACAUCUACUUCCGGAGUCACAGCGGUAACCAAUGACACGUGAGGGCAAGGCAGCCAGCCAUUAUCCCAAGCAGUGAGAGGAUCAGUAAUGCCUUCAUGGUGAUAUCCACGUGUCCUCAUUGCAGGGUCAUGUGGCAAGGUGAACUCUAGCUUAAGGACCUUUGGAGGCCCUCUUACGAUCCUGAGAGUGGAGUACAACACAGACAGAUAUGAAUUCCAGCUCACCAGCAUCCAGCGCCUUGGCCCCUGUAAACAGUAAUAAUGGGGGGCCGACUACACCUCGUAAGGGGCCUCCCAAAUUCAAGCAGAGACAGACCCGACAGUUCAAGAGCAAACCACCAAAAAAGGGAGUUAAAGGGUUUGGAGAUGAUAUUCCUGGGAUGGAAGGACUUGGAACAGACAUCACUGUUAUCUGCCCAUGGGAGGCCUUCAGUCACCUUGAGUUACAUGAGCUGGCUCAGUUUGGAAUCAUCUAGGAUUUAUUUUACCUUCACUAUUUAUCCAGUAAAGACGAGCAGGGAAUUUUAAGUAACAUCUGUUACCACACAAACAUCAGCUUACCUCAGGCCUGUGUGUGGCCGUCCCAUGUGACUGUUAUAUUGGAAGAAACAUUAGUUCCUCAAGACCGACAAAAAAAGAAGAAGAUAUUGAAAUUGUUACCUUCCCAUUAUAAACAACUGGCAUCGCUGAAAGAAUUUAUAUUAUAUUGUGUUUUUGCAGCAGCCGCCAUCUUGAAAUGUUUCAUUUUCGAAAAUGUAGCUUUUUUUUACAUAAACAGCAGAAAAUAUGCAGCAUUUGUGAUGCUGCGGAGGUGACUGGGCUGAGUGACAGCAUCGGGAUAUAUAAAAAGCAGCAAUAAAUAUAUAUAAUAAAGCAGUAAUAAAUAUAUAUAAUAAAGCAGCA